GCGACAUCGACAUCCCACAACAUAAGCAAUACAUACAGUACCUUGGUCCUUAGUCGUCGCAGUAGUAAUAAUUUAGGAGUAUUACCUUAGGUACCUAUUGUAACUGUCGAUCAGCUGAGACGGAAUAUAAGACGACACCUAGGUCCCAUCAAACCGACAAGGUGCCUGGAGUCCGAUUAGCUAGCCUUAUCGCCGAUUGCGAGUUGGGACCUUCCCUUAUUCCCCACCAUACCUUGGCUCACACCAUCGACAAGCUUCAAGACCGAGGCCACUCCAGUAUAUUAAUACGCCGACCUGGGAGCUCCCCUACAACCUUCCCUCGAAACGAUACACGAGCUGCCGAAGCUCUCGGUACACAUACGACGCCCUUUUCUUCCGCCGACGCGCCAUCUGUCGAAGGAGCACGAGCGGUCGAAAUCGUGUUUGGGUUUGCCAAUCGCCCAACAUGUCUGACUCCAUCCAGAACGAGUCUGCCAUUGACGAUGGAGACUAUGGCACCCAGGAUCCUCAUGGCGAGACUCACCAGGACAAGAACACUGUCCACCAGAGACUACGAGCGAACUCGUCCAUCAUGCAGCAGAACAAGAUUCUGGUUGCCAACCGAGGAGAAAUCCCGAUCCGCAUUUUCCGUACCGCACACGAGCUGUCCUUGCAGACAGUAGCAGUAUACAGUCAUGAGGAUCGUCUUUCCAUGCACAGACAAAAGGCCGACGAGGCAUAUGUCAUUGGUAAACGAGGAGAGUACACACCGGUGGGAGCAUACCUGGCUGGAGACGCCAUCAUCAAGAUUGCAAAGGAGCAUGGAGUCAACAUGAUCCAUCCUGGUUAUGGCUUUCUCAGUGAGAAUUACGAAUUCGCAAAGGCAGUCGAGGCGGCAGGAAUCAUCUGGAUCGGUCCCAAACCCAAGACCAUCAACGACCUCGGAGACAAGGUUUCCGCACGAACGCUUGCUCUAAAGGCUGAAGUUCCAACUGUACCCGGCACGCCGGGGCCUGUCGAGAAGUUCGAGGAUGCAAAGAGCUUCACUGACGAGUACGGCUUCCCAAUCAUCAUCAAAGCUGCCUUUGGAGGUGGAGGUCGUGGUAUGCGUGUCGUCUGGAAGCAAGAGGAACUAAAGGACUCUUUCGAAAGAGCUACCUCCGAGGCAAAGUCCGCAUUCGGCAAUGGCACAGUGUUCAUUGAGCGCUUCUUGUACCGACCAAAGCAUAUCGAGGUCCAGCUUCUGGGCGAUAACUACGGCAAUGUGGUUCACCUUUACGAGCGUGACUGUUCGGUCCAGCGUCGUCAUCAAAAGGUCGUGGAAUUGGCACCAGCCAAGGAUCUGCCACAGGAGACUCGCGAUGCUAUCUUGAGCGAUGCCGUCAGACUCGCCAAAUCGGCCAACUACCGCAAUGCUGGAACCGCUGAGUUCUUGGUAGAUCAGCAGAACCGCCACUACUUUAUUGAAAUCAACCCUCGUAUCCAGGUCGAGCACACAAUCACGGAAGAGAUUACUGGUAUCGACAUCGUGGCUGCGCAGAUCCAGAUCGCAGCGGGUGCUUCGCUUGAGCAACUCGGCCUUACACAGGACAGAAUCUCUACGCGUGGAUUUGCCAUCCAGUGUCGUAUCACAACCGAAGAUCCCUCACAGGGUUUCAGUCCAGACACUGGCAAGAUCGAAGUCUAUCGGUCAGCUGGUGGUAACGGCGUGCGUCUCGAUGGUGGAAAUGGAUUCUCCGGAGCUGUCAUCACCCCUUACUACGACUCUAUGCUGGUAAAGUGCACUUGCCUUGGUUCAACUUACGAGAUCGCCCGCCGAAAAGUCCUUCGUGCUCUGGUCGAGUUCCGUAUUCGCGGCCUGAAGACCAACAUUCCCUUCCUCGCCUCACUCCUCACCCACCCCACCUUCAUCGAAAGCCAAUGCUGGACGACCUUCAUCGACGACACGCCCGAAUUGUUCAACCUCAUCGGCAGUCAAAACCGUGCUCAGAAGCUGCUGAGCUACCUCGGAGAGCUCAUUGUCAAUGGUCCUCAGGUCAUCGGACAAAUCGGCGAGUCAAAAUUCAAGGGAGAUGCGAUUAUCCCAACACUUGCGGGCGAGGACGGAAAGCCACUUGACUUGUCUGAGCCAUGUCAGAAGGGCUGGAGGAGCAUCAUCACAGAGCAGGGUCCAGAGGCAUUCGCAAAGGCUGUACGAGCAAACAAGGGCUGCUUGAUCAUGGAUACCACCUGGCGUGAUGCUCACCAGUCUCUUCUCGCAACGAGAAUGCGAACAAUUGAUCUGCUCAACAUUGCCAAAGAGACCAGCUAUGCACUCAGCAACGCUUGGGCUUUGGAGUGUUGGGGAGGUGCUACCUUCGAUGUAUCGAUGCGUUUCCUCUACGAGGACCCAUGGGAUCGUCUAAGGAAGAUGCGAAAAGCUGUGCCAAACAUUCCUUUCCAAAUGCUGCUGCGUGGCGCCAAUGGUGUGGCGUACUCGUCUUUGCCAGACAACGCCAUCUACCACUUCUGUGAGCAGGCGAAGAAGAAUGGUAUGGACAUUUUCCGAGUCUUCGACGCCCUCAACGACAUGGACCAGCUCGAAGUCGGCAUCAAAGCCGUUCUCAAGGCCGGCGGUGUUGCCGAGGGAACCGUUUGCUACUCAGGAGACUUCCUGAAUCCAAGCAAGAAGUACAACCUCGAGUACUACAUGGGCUGUGUUGAGCGCAUAGUUGGGAUGGGUGCCCACAUUCUUGGCAUCAAGGAUAUGGCUGGUGUGCUGAAGCCAAAGGCGGCUACUCUGCUGAUUAGCAGCAUUCGCAAAAAGUACCCGGAUCUCCCGAUCCACGUCCACACUCACGAUUCCGCCGGUACUGGUGUAGCAUCAAUGGUGGCAUGCGCGCAAGCUGGAGCUGAUGCAGUGGAUGCUGCCACUGACAGCAUGUCCGGCACCACCUCACAGCCAAGCAUCGGUGCUCUAGUCGCAUCUCUCGAGGGAAGCGACUUCGAGUCUGGUCUCAACCCGACACACCUGCGGGCGAUCGACUCAUACUGGGCACAGGUCCGCAUGCUGUACUCGCCUUUCGAAGCUGGGCUCACUGGACCUGAUCCAGAAGUCUACGAGCACGAGAUCCCUGGCGGGCAGCUCACCAAUCUCAUCUUCCAGGCUGCGCAGCAAGGUCUUGGCACGAAGUGGGCACAGACCAAGAAGGCUUACGAGCAGGCGAACGACAUCCUGGGCGACAUCGUCAAGGUCACGCCUACCUCAAAGGUCGUUGGCGAUCUCGCACAGUUCAUGGUCGCCAACAGCUUGAGCUAUGACGAUGUCCACGAAAAGGCCGAUGAUCUGGACUUCCCAUCUUCUGUCCUUGAGUUCUUCGAGGGACUGAUGGGCCAACCUUACGGCGGGUUCCCGGAGCCCCUUCGAACCAAGGCGUUGCGUGGUCGCAGAAAGAUGGACAAGCGACCUGGCCUCUACCUCGACCCAAUCAACUUUGACAAAGUCCGCGAGACUCUCAAGGAGAAGUACGGAGGGUGCUCAGAGACUGACGUGGCCAGCUAUGUCAUGUACUCCAAAGUCUUCGAGGACUACAGAAAGUGGGUUUCUUCUUUCGGUGACCUCUCGGUCUUGCCUACGAAGUAUUUCCUCAACAAGCCCGAGAUUGGCGAGGAAUUCCACGUCGAGCUUGAGAAGGGCAAGGUGCUGAUUCUCAAGCUGCUGGCUGUUGGUCCACUGAGUGAUCAGACCGGCCAGCGUGAAGUCUUCUUCGAGGUCAAUGGUGAGAUGAGACAGGUGACUGUUCAAGACAAGCAUGCCGCUGUGGAGAACACCAGCCGAGUCAAGGCAGACUCUGGCGACAGCAGCCAGGUUGGUGCGCCAAUGAGUGGCAUGGUCGUGGAGAUUCGCGUAAAGGACGGCUCAGACAUUAAGAAGGGCGACCCCGUCGCCAUCUUGUCCGCCAUGAAGAUGGAAAUGGUGAUCAGUUCGCCUCACUCCGGCAAGGUCGAAGCACUCAGUGUCAAGGAGGGCGAUUCUGUCGAUUCGCAAGAUCUGAUUUGCAAGAUUGCAAAGGCAUAGGGUCAAAAUUCGGACAGCGUCUACGAACCUGGAUAAUUGAACGUUGGUGUCAGUGGCAUCCAGUUAGCCACGGAUGAGCACGAAGUUACGAAAAUACCAAACAUGAGAGCCUGAUGUAUAUGUGCUUUGUUGGUGUUAGCUAGGUGAUGGAUCAGAGCACAUGAAUAAAUUUUAUUUCACAAC